UGGGGCAACUAGUUGGGGGGAAACGGGCGUAUAAAAGCGCAGAAUGGAGGGUGAGACAUACCAGUCCACUCCUGCGGUCCAUCCGUACACUUCUCCUCGAGAUGGGUUUCUACACGUUAUUCGUAACAUGUCUUUGCACUCUCCUGCUCCCACUCCUUCUGAUCGUGACGGCAAUGAAACUGUGGGAAAUGUACGUCAUUAGUGGAAGUGAUCCAACCUGUCAGAGUCCUCUUCCUCCGGGUACCAUGGGACUGCCCUUCCUUGGCGAGACGCUUCAGAUGGUCCUACAGAGAAGAAAAUUCCUACAAAUCAAACGUCAGAAAUAUGGAUAUAUUUAUAAGACGCAUCUCUUUGGGAGUCCCACGGUGCGGGUAAGUGGUUCAGAACAUGUGAAACAGAUUCUGAUGUCGGAACACAAAUUGGUCGCGGCUCAGUGGCCAGCAUCAGUGCGACUCAUCCUCGGGUCGCACGCCCUCUCCAAUGCGCACGGCGCGCUCCACAAGAGCAAGAAAAAGGCGAUCAUGAAAGCCUUUUCUGGAGAAGCCCUGAAAGAGUAUAUUCCUGUGAUCCGGGAGGAGGUGAGAUGUGCAGUGCAUAGCUGGCUGCAAAGCGACUCUUGUGUGCUAGUGUACCCAGAGAUGAAGCGCCUCAUGUUCCGCAUCGCAAUGAGGAUUCUGCUUGGCUUCGAGCCCGAGCAAACAAAGACCGACGAGCUGGAAUUAGUGGAAGCGUUCAAAGAAAUGAUAAAUAACCUUUUCUCCCUACCAAUCGAUGUUCCUUUCAGCGGCUUGUACCGGGGUCUGAGAGCACGCAACAUCAUCCACUCAAAGAUAGAGCAAAACAUCAAAAACAAGCUGUCCAAUAUUGAUAACAACAAUAACUACAAAGAUGCUCUGCAGUUAUUGAUUGAGAAUGGAGAGAGGAACGAGGAGCGACUAAGCAUGGAGGUAACCAGAUAUAAAGAGUCUGCCACAGAAUUGCUAUUCGGUGGCCACGAGACUACAGCGAGCACUGCGACCUCUUUGGUGAUGUUUCUCGGGCUGCAUGCACAUGUCAUGCGUAAAAUGCGCCAUGAGCUUCAGGAGAAGCAUUUGUUGGGAACCCAAUCUGAGGACAAACCACUGAGUAUUGAGUUGUUGGAACAGUUGAAGUACACCAGCUGUGUCAUCAAAGAAACUCUCCGUAUAAACCCUCCUGUCCCUGGUGGCUUCCGUGUGGCACUGAAGACGUUUGAGCUCAAUGGAUACCAGAUUCCCAAGGGUUGGAAAGUCAUCUACAGCAUCUGUGACACACACGAUGUGCUGGACACACUUAUGAACAAGGAGGAGUUUCAGCCAGAGAGGUUCUUGGACAAGUCACCAGAUGACUCCUCCCGGUUCGGUUACAUCCCAUUUGGGGGUGGUGCGAGGACGUGUGUGGGCAAAGAGUUUGCUAAAGUUGUACUUAAGGUGUUCCUGGUCGAGGUGGUCACCAGAUGCGACUGGACUCUGUUAAACGGACCCCCGACAAUGAAAACAGGCCCAACCGUUUAUCCAGUGGACAAUCUGCCCACAAAGUUCAGCAGAUAUGGUGACAAAUGUAUCCAGAACAACUGAUAGUGAAAAAUUAACAUUUAUGUAAAUACACUUGUUAAUAUUUAAGAUAGACAUAUCAUGUAUAUUACAUCUAUUUUGUAAUAGAGAUAUUUAUGUAAACCCCACUAGCAUUGUAAAAGCAACAUUUUUAGAAGCACUUCAGGUUGAUGCACUUCGAUAAGUUUUGAGACAUAAUUUUAUGUAUAUUUUGAAAUGUAAUUGUUUUUAAUCUGUACUUGAUCUUUUUCAUGCAGCUUAACUGUGUUGUUGCAUUUGGAAUGUUUUCAAUAAAAGAAAUGUACUAUUAUUAUGAAUAGUUGAUUUUUCACUUUAAAUCUGUCUAUAUCAAAACAAUUUACAU